CACAAUUAAUUGGGGUCACGUAAACGGUGAAAAUGUUUCAUUUAAGUGUGUUUUUACACCAAAUUAAAGACCAGUGGAUGUAAAGGUGUCAUCCAUUGGAUAUAGCAUGAUGAUUUUUUCAAAAGGACUACCUUUUGAUUGUGGAGAAUGUUAAUGGAGUUCACUUGCGACUCAUCAUUGUGUGCUUCCCCGGAAGGGAUGAAGAGGAACACAUAAGAGGGGGGAAAUGGGAGCAAAGAAAGAGGCCUUGCAUUUUAAUGCUAGACUCCAAGUCUGUGCAAGGAAUUGACAACAUGGAGGUGUUCCAAAACAUUCGAAGUUACUUGACAGAAAUGUGGAACAACACAAGAAAAAAGCCACGGGUAUUUUCAGCAGAUUCUAUGCCAGCCCUGAGAGUGAGGGUACCUGAACAGCAAGGAAACAGCUCGGAAUGUGGCAUAUAUGUGUUACUUUAUGCUGAACAAUUUUUGAAUGAUCCUCCCAAAGAACUUGUCAAUGAGCUUGACUGUACUUCAUGGUUUAUCUGGCUGAUGCACUUUGAAGGCGUGCACAGAUCAGGGAUAAAAUGUGUAGCAGUUUGGAGGGUUCAUAAAGAGGAUCUCCCCAAGGAACUAAGGGAACAGCGACCAAAAAAAGCAAAGACCAAAGUGAGUAUCUUCUCUGCUCUCAGUGAAGGGGAGGCCACCGACUUAGCCCAAGAGCCGGGAGCCAUGCUUGAGCAACAUGUCCACCUUGAUGAUAGUGCAAAUAUUCCCAGUGCUGAGGCAGAGGUUGUGAAGAAUUCACUAUGCACUAUCGAGCACUUGCUGAGGGAAAAACUGGGAGAAGAAUCACCUUUCAGUCUUCACACUCAUACAUUUGGACCACAAGCUGUUGAUGUUAUCAUCUCAUUUUUAAUCAGUCAGUUUAUGUAAAAACAAAAGAACAUGAAUCAAAUCAUUGUUACAUUUCAAUAAAUGUUCAUUUAAUAGAUGUUCAGUAGAAGUUCAGAUAGUUCAGAAGAGUCAAUAGAAGUUAGUCUAGAUUAGUAUUGGUGUAAAAUGCUUACUGACUAAUGACGGACAUCAUUGAAAUAGUAUCAUGAAAACUACUAUAAGUUGGAUCAGUGUAAUAUAGUCACUCUGCUGCUCAGACUGAUCUUUUGUGGUUGUGAAU